AUGGAGCUGCCCCAAGAAUAUUGGCGCCAACGUACGUUGUUUGAAAUAGCUAGCGCUAUCGGUACUCUUUUGUCGUUAGAUGAAGCUACUAAAACUCGUGCUUUUGGCCAUUAUGCACGUAUUUUGGUCGAUAUGGAUCUAUCCCGUCACGUCUUCGAUGAGAUUCGGGUGGAGCGUGAGAGAUAUUCUUUUAAACUUGCAGUGGUAUAUGAAUGUUUGUCUGACUUUUGUAUGCACUGUGGAAUUAUAGGUCAUAAUGUUCAAGCUUGUAACUGGCUGAAACCGUCUGAAGCGAAGGUUGAUAAUCAUGCCAAAAAGAUAAUCACAAUCAAGAAGGAAGCUGCAAACAUGCAGUACGCACCAAAGAAGACCUUACCUAGCAUUUCUGCUGAAGUGGCUGAAGUGGAGAAAAGUCAUUUGAUAGGCACACAUGAGGGGAAUAAGCAGGAUGAGAAGCAUGAUUUGGAACGCCAACAAGCACAAGAGUGCCCCAAAAGUCCAUGUAAGGAUAAUGGCGCAAUUCCGGAUGCUAUUGACGGAGUUUUGGUCCAACAUCCAACCUCCUUUAGUAUGAUGCUAAAUAAUGUUCAGGAUGACAUUGUUCUUGGAGAUACUCAUAUUGAUGAUCCGGUGCUGCAACAAGUGACCACUAAUGAUGUGGCUGGUAUUGUUAAUCACGAUUUGGACCAAGAAGCAGAGGAAACAGAUGAUAACUCCUCUAGCGUUCCAGAAACGCAGCCAGGGAAGCCCGUUGAUACAGUAGCAGUUGAAAAUUCUUUCAUAGAGAUUGCAGUAUUGGAGGCUAAUGACUUUGAUGCCUCCGCUCGUGCUAUACCCGAUACAACGCAAAGGGUUGUGAUAUUGCCGGAUGAGGAGUAUGAUGAGGUGGUUCAAGAAGACCUUCGAAUAAUUAAACAAGCUUGGGCCGCGAUGGCAAAUAGAGAGAAGCCUUUCACCCCUGUUGUUUCUCAAAGACAAAAGAAGAAAAUAAAGCAAUUGGCUUGGAGUGUUGGGCAGCCAUAUAACACUCGUUCUAGGGGUGACACAUCUAAUAGUUCCCAAUAA